UUUAAAUUCAUCCAAACGCCAGUCGAUCCACGUCGCUUGAAUAGCGUGCAUACUUGACAAUUUUAUUAUCUUAGUAUUAAAUAUAAUUACAUGAAAAAAGUAAACAGAGAUACGUGAUUAUAAAAUUUAACUAGUGUUUGAACAAGAUAACGAUUUAUUGCAUAUUGUUUUACUUUAACAGAUAAAAUUAUUUUAUAUAGUUUAUUAAUUUACAUGGAUCAUCAAAUAUGAUUUUGAGUUAACGUUUAAUUGCCACCUAUUUUUAGUCAAGAUAACAUAUAAUUAAUAAUUUUCAAAAAUUAUUUAUUUGUAAAAGUGAUUUAGCAAAAAAAAAUUUUAACAAUGAUUUUUUGGUUCAUUUUAUUAAAUAUAUUUUUAUAUAUUAAUGCCAAUCCCAUUAGUGAUGAGUGGCAAUUGCAUAUCGUGCAUACUAAUGACAUGCACUCGAGGUUCGAAGAGGUGUCGGCUCUAUCGACGAGAUGUUUGCCUAGUUAUGCAGAAAGUGGUAAAUGUUAUGGAGGAUUCGCGCGAAUUGCGACACUAGUGCGUAAAGCGAAAAAUUCAACGAUACCGACGUUAUUUUUGAACGCCGGUGAUACAUACCAGGGGACGGUAUAUUAUACCGUACAUAAAUGGAGAAUAGUUUCAAAAUUUCUCAAUCUUUUGAAGCCAGAUGCGAUUUCAUUAGGAAACCAUGAGUUUGAUGACGGACCCGAGGGAUUGGUGCCGUUUAUCAACGCAGCUGAGUUUCCCAUUGUCACGAGCAAUUUGGACCUCACUGGGGAGCCAGAGCUGGCAGCCGCGACGAAGCUAAGCAACAGCACUGUAAUCACAGUUGACGGCAGAAGAGUCGGUAUUAUAGGAUACUUGACGCCAGAGACAAAAGUAAUCUCGAGCCCUGGGAAAGUUGUCUUUCUCGACGAGGUUGAGACCGUCAGACGGGAAGUUAAUAAACUCCAAGCCGAUAACGUGACAAUAAUAAUAGCACUGGGUCACUCGGGUUUUGGUGCUGACAAAAAAAUAGCCGCUGAGGUCGACGGCGUGGACUUGGUUAUCGGCGGUCAUACAAACACUUUCCUCUACAGCGGACGCAAGCCCGAUUUGGAAGUACCUGAGGGACUGUAUCCCACCGAAGUUAUUCAAAAAAACGGGCGCAAGGUGUACGUUGUCCAGGCUUACGCUUACACAAAGUAUCUCGGGAAUCUCUCGAUUACUUUCGACGCUGCCGGAGAAAUUCGCAGCAUCCUUGGAAAUCCUAUUCUCGUAACCAGCGACAUUGAACAAGCUCCUGACAUUCUCCAAGAACUCGAAGUUUGGAAAAAAGCAACAGACAAUUUCACUCGCAUCGAAGUCGGUUACUCUAAAGUCUUACUCGAUGGCAAUGAAAAAAAUUGCCGACGUCGCGAAUGCAACCUUGGCAAUGUUAUCGUCGACGCCAUGAUCGACUAUAAUACCAGAGAAUUCCCGAGUAUCGAUGGAUGGACAGAUGCAGCAGUUGCUAUUCACAACAGUGGCUCAGUCAGAACUUCAAUAAAUAAAUCACCAAACACUCCGAUAACAGUGAGUGAUAUAUUAGCAGUGCUGCCGUUCAAUAAUGCCAUUGGAAAAAUAAAUAUGACAGGGAAACAAAUAAUUACAAUGCUUGAACACAGUGUUCAUUCUUUAGAAUUUAACGACACGAGCAAUCUUAACGGAGGAUUUUUACAUUUCUCUGGUCUCCAGGUCGUCUACGAUUUAUUUAAACCAAGUGGUAACAGAGUAGUACAUGAUUCAGUAUUAAUACGUUGUUCGAAAUGUCGUAUUCCGCAGUACAAUAAAUUAGAAGAAAAUAGUACAUAUACAUUGAUAGUACCUGACUUCAUUGCUCAAGGUGGUGAUGGUUAUGAUAUGUUACAAAAUUUGACCUAUGCACCAUUUGGAGUAACGACGGAUCAAAUAUUAACUGAUUAUAUUAAAAGACGAAGUCCACUUCAUGCAGGAGUUGAAUGGAGAAUAAGUUUUCUCGAAUCAAAUGACAACCAUAAAAAUAGCGCAAACAAUAUUUAUUUGCAAAAAAUUUUCGUUCUUCCAUUAUUAUCAAUUCUGAUAUUUUUGCGGUAAAUAAAAUAAUGUAUAAUAUUCAAAUAAAUAUGUAAGAUAAAUAAUAAUA